GGUUAGUUGGCUGGCUGGCUGGCUGCCUGCUGCUUCCUCCCACUUUCCUUCCUCCCUUGCUCCCUUCCUUCAAAGUCUUCUCUCGUCGCGUCCGAGUUUGACCCCUCCCCACCCCCAACUCUCUAUAUAUUUGGUGCUCAUUCUGGUCAAUUUCGGACAAUUGGGCUGCUGAGUUCUUUCCAUAUAGGAUUCAAGAGGAAGAAGAAGCAAAGAAAAUCAGCAAAGAAACAAGCAGGAAACCCUUUUCAUUUCAUUGGGAUUUGUUCGUUUCGAUUCGUAUCGAUCGGCCAAGAAGAUGGAGUACUCUUCGUGGAUCAACACCUCGCUCGAUCUCAACAUCAAGCCACUUCGUUUGUUGGACGAUGCCCCGCCGCCGAAGAAAGAGGCGGAGAGUGAUUUCAUGGAGCUAGCCGGCCGGAAAGUCUCGGUCAAGGAAGAGACGGGUGCCUUGAUGGAGGAGCUAAAUCGGGUGAGCGCCGAGAACAGGAAGCUCACCCAGAUGCUAACGGUGGUGUGCGAGAACUACAACGCUCUGAGGAGCCAAGUCAUGGAGUACAUGAGCAAGAACGCCGACAAGUCUUCCGACCUUAGCCCGUCUAGGAAGAGAAAGAGCGAGAGCAUCAGUAACAACGACGCCAACAACUACGGCGCCAUGGUUGCAAAUGGAACUUCUGAGAGUAGCUCGACUGACGAUGACUCAUCCAAGAAUCCGAGGGAAGAGAAGAUCACGGCAAAAAUCUCGAGGAUGUACGUGCGGACCGAACCUUCAGACACCAGCCUCAUUGUGAAAGAUGGGUAUCAAUGGAGGAAGUAUGGGCAGAAGGUCACCAGAGACAAUCCUUGCCCAAGAGCUUACUUCAAGUGCUCUUUCGCUCCGACUUGCCCCGUCAAGAAGAAGGUUCAGAGAAGCGUGGAGGACCAAUCUGUUCUCGUCGCCACUUAUGAAGGCGAGCACAACCACCCGAGCCCGUCUCAGGCAGACCAGGAGACCUCGGGAUCGACCCGUUGCGUGACAACUCUGGGUUCAGUCCCCUGCUCGACCGCCCUCAACUCAUCUGGUCCAACCAUCACUCUCGACCUCACAAAGUCUAAAUCCUCCAACGAGAUAAAAACCCCACCACGACCAAAGGUCGAGUCUCCAGAGUUCCAGAGGUUCCUGGUGGAACAGAUGGCUUCAUCCCUGACAAAGGACCCAAGCUUCACGUCAGCGCUCGCUGCAGCCAUCUCCGGAAGGAUACAACUCCACCAAAGCCCCACCGAGAAGUGGUCGAAAUGAACUCCCAGGGUUUGGGAUUCAUGUUCUCUACGGGUUACCGAUUAUGGGUAGUAAGAGUUUCUUUGUAAAUACAUUGGAAAGCGAAUACACAAGAAAGGGUGAAAGGGAAGGAAGGAGUAACAAAAUUGAGUGGCCCAAGUUCAACUCUACAGCUGGUGAGCUGCCUUGGUUGAAAUCUUGGGGGUUUGAUUUGAUUUCAAAUUAAAAGUUUCAAACUUCUGGAUGCAACUUGUGCUGAAAAUCAUGGGGUAGUCUAUGUCAUACCUCCAGGCAAAGAACUGGCCAAACUGUCAAGUUGCUUGGAGAUUCCUCUCGUCAGUUUGCAAGUUUUUUCCUGGAAGCGAAGAAAUCGUCUCGUGAUUUUUGUCACAUUCGAAGACCUUUGGAUCACAUCCUAGCAGUGGCAAAUGUUGACGAGGCUCCUCAUUCCCUGUCAAGCUCAAGUUGGAAAGUCGGCUGUCGAGACCAAGACUUUAGCAGUGUUAGUUUAGAACAUUAUUAUGCUUCACUUAGGUUGUCCACAAUUGGAUAUAUAGCUCACAAAUAAAAGCAAGGUGUUUAGUUUUGGCUUUAAUUUUGUCACCCAAGAAGAUAUUGCGUCUGUUCUUUAACUUUCCAUGGAACUUUACAGUGAA